CAGCACUCGAAGCCAUCAAGUGCCAAUCAAGCCUCUCUAAGAAACUCAAAUCUGUUAACCAAAAGCUUUUAUUGUUAUUAUACAACAUUCAAUUGUUGUGUAUAAUAAAAAAAACUUUAUUGUGUCUAAUUACUCAGUGAGAAGGCUUAAAGAGUGCUUCAAAAAUAUAUAUUUCAAGAUCUGCUGAAGAAACUCCCAGCGUUGGAGAACUAACACUUCUAGCAGAAGCAUACAGACGAGAUAGCAAGGAUGUCUAAUCCCAUGUACGAUGUGCUUAAUGGAAAAGCUGAGGAGGAAGAAAGAGAAAAUCAGGUGCAACUUCUUGAAGGGAUUUUGGAGACUGAUCAUGAUGAAGACCUUGCUAAAGCCACCAAGUCCUCUAUUGAUAAGAUUAUAGCAGAUUUUGAAUGUUCUCACGUUCAACUAUCAAAACCGUCUAGUGACAUUUGCAAUGUGAAGUUUAUGGAUCCAGAAGAAUUCAAAAAACUUGUUGAUGAUUAUUCGAAGUCUUAUGAGAACAGGUUGGUUGAUACCGUUAACUGUACGUUCAAUAAGUAUAGAAGUAAUCCUGAAAAUGUUCGCUUUGAACCGUCUCAUAUGAUAUCAGUCUUGUUGAAACGUUAUACUAAUUAUAAAUCAGCUGAUGAUUGUGUGAUUGCAAGAUUCGAAGAUGGUCGGGAAUUCAAGAAUAACAUGGAAUUUGCAGAUGAAAUGAAUUGGCUGAUUAUAAUUUUGUUGACGAGGGGAUCUAAUGUCAAGAAGAUCAUCAACAAAUCAACAAAAGCAUUAUCUAAGGUUUUGACUUACCUGGUUUACAAGUACAACGUUUCUACUUCUGAUAAUAGGGUUGAACUUAGAAAUAGUCCAGACACAGUGACUCUUCCAAGAGUUGCUGCUUGUUUUCCUCAGGUUACAGUAAACUUAUUCUAUCAAGGUAUUGGAAAAGCCAUUAUGGAGAUUCCAUCUUACUUUGGUGAAUUACCUGUUCCUAAAGUAGUCCUCUCCAGGUGCUUUGCAUCAGUGAUGCCAACAAAAAAGGGUGAAACACUUCACCACCUUAUCAUUUGGAUUAAUUAUCGCAAUGAUUUGGUUAUACAUCAAACUCAACCCAAGAAGCUUACGCCAAUAUCAUUAUUAAUAUCGUAUCAUAUUACUGCAUUUCAAUCAAAAGUUGUCUCAGAAGACUAUAGAGACGAAAUCUUUGAAAAAAUGGGAUUAUCGGAAAACGGAGACUUUAUUAAAGUCUUGAAGGAUGCAGAACUUUAUGCAAAGGACAAAUUGAUUUCUACCGCAGUAGAAAAGAACUGGGGAGCGUUAUUUCCAGUAGAAAUACCAGAAAAUUAAACUAUUAUGUACCUUGGAUUGUUUUCGUUCUAUUACUUUUGGUUAACUCAUUUUUCAAUUAAAAUUUUAUUAAUAACA